UUCCUUGAUGUGUCUGCAGUGUAACAAUGCUGUACAACCUCGGCACUGUCACACAGUAACCUACUGCGCGGAAGAUGAGGUGUGUUUUGUUGAAAAAGUGGAGUCUAUGUUUGGAGUCCGGUACAACAUGGGUUGUCUCCAAGACAGAGUUUGCAGAGAGCAAAACCAAACAAAUAUUAUAAAAAACAGUGGAGAGGGAAACCCCCUUCCAUAUACUUGUACUGAGUGUUGUCAAGCCGAUCUCUGUAAUGCAGAGGGAUGUGGAGAACCAGGGUAUCCGGUUGCAAGAGGACCGAUUUGUUUCGCCUGUAGCCAACAUGAUGACUCGAGGGAGUGCCGACAGAUUGCUCAUUGUAGGGACUCUGAGUUGUGUUACAUUAAAAAAGAGGAAGAAUUUGGUGACCAAAUAUACUCAACAGGAUGUAUGCCUUUUCAGCAAUGUCUAAGCGUAGUUCAGAAUACCCUAGCAAUUGGACAUUUGUCUAAUUCUCAUCACUUUUCAAGACCUUCGACGACAGGAAAACCAACAGGAACUAUUAUAGACACAACAGUCGCCUCAUUUGUAACUGAUCAACCAACUGGGAUCACAGAUAACAAUAUUCACAUGAUUAAUGGAUCAACUAUCACUUUUCCUCCAAACUCCACCGUCGUUCCAACUGGAAUUACAGAAAGCAGUAUACAUAUGAUUGACGAAUCAACAUCCAACUCACCACACUCAACCCAAGUACCAACUGGAAUUACAGACAGCAAUAUACACAUGAUUGAAGAAUCAACAUCCAACUUACCACACUCAACCCAAGUACCAACAGGAAUUACAGAUAGCAAUAUACAUAUGAUUGAAGAAUCAACAUCCAACUCACCACACUCAACCCAAGUACCAACAGGAAUUACAGACAGCAAUAUACAUAUGAUUGACGAAUCAUCAACGAGUUUACCGUUUAAAACCAAAGUACCAACUGGAAUAACAGACAACAAUAUACAUAUGGUUGAUGGAUUAUCUACAGGCUUUACAACAACCCCCAAAAUUGUCCCAACCGGGAUUACCGAAAAAUAUAUUCACAUGGUUGAUGGAUCUUCAAAAUCCUCUCCCACACAAUCAACCCCUGUUUCUCCAGAUAUUACAGAGAUAUCAAUUUUGUCUGAUCAAACUAACUUUCUCGCAAAGGAAUACAUUGGUAUAUGGAGUUCCAAAAAUACUAAAUUCCAGUCUCCAUCUGUAAUGAAACUUACACAUUCCAAAAAUAGGGCAACAACUUUGAAUGGGAGACAGAAGCGGUUUAUCUCCUGUCAUCAGUGUUGCAGGGGAGAUCUUUGCAAUGAAGUGUGCAGUCCUAGUAGUCCUUUAACACCUACACCAGACUACUUUACGAUUUCUCCACCAUCCACUCCCACAUCAAGUACUGAUCGCCAAUCAACAACAGCUGCAAUACUUACAUCUACUCCUACCACAUCCACUCCUACCACAUCUACGCCUACUAGUACCACAUCUACUCCUACUACAUCCACUUCAACCACAUCUUCGCCUACUAGUACCACAUCUACUCCUACCACUACUUCCAGCACUACAACAACAAAUUCAACAACAUUUCCAGUUAUAUAUACAGGCUUGUCUGGUACAGAGUUUCUACUUGCCUUGUCAAAGCAUAAAAAUCUACAGGAUGCAGAUAAUGUUUCCUUAGUGAUUACCUCCCCUGACAAUGGAAGAAUAAGUGUUUAUUUGGAAAAUACCAAAUCCUUCAUCAAUAUCACCCUAACGAAGGGUAGAAAUGCUAUCUCGUUAGAUCCAUCCAUUGCUACUUCGGUGCCUUGGAAUGAACAGAAAGGAAUUUACGUCAAAUCUAACGUUAAUAUAUCCGUCCACAUAAUGGAAUAUAAAAACGGCAGUGACACUGCCUUUUCAGUGAUACCUGUUUCUGACUUAUCUAACCGUUACGUAGCAGCAACAGCCAAAGGAACGAACGACAACCCGUCUUUUAUUACUGUUGUAGCGCUACAUAAUAACACAAAAGUAAGGUUUAAUCUCAGGUUAGAGGACAAAAACAGAUAUGUUUAUAUUAGUCCAUGGAGAAACUACCGAUAUGAAAAUGGGGAAAGCUUCAACAUUACUUUAAAUCAGUACGAGACGUUUCAACUGGAGGUCAAUGGAACUGAUUUGACUGGUACAGUAAUUGAUAGUUCUAAACCAGUGGCAGUUUUUUCUGGAGCUGAGUCAACAGUCAUUCCAUCAACAGUAUGUACUCAAGACUGUGAGACUCAAAAAGUUAUACAAAUGCUACCACCUACAGACGCUUUAGGUACUGAUUUCAUAAUCCCAAAACUGCAAAACAGACACACUUUUACCUAUAAGAUUGUUUCUUCAGAAGAUGGAACGCAAGUAACCGUAAACGGUAAAAUUGUUUAUCUCCCGACAGUAGGAUCUUUCAAAGAAUUUGAAACAAAGGCUAAUACAUCAAUUGCUGUUUCCAGCAAUAAGCCAAUUCUCGUAGUCCAAAUGACUGAAACUAUGAAAUCGGAAAAGGAGAACGCCAGUGGAGCAAUGUUAGUUACUCCAGCCAUCCAGCAACUCCAAAGUGAUUAUCACUUUAGUAUUCCCGAUGGUGGCGAAUACAGCCAUUUCCUCUCCAUUGUAAUAAGGAAAGGCCAAGAAGGGGCACUUGUCCUCGACGGCAAACCGUAUAGUCAAAUAAACGCUACCAUGGAAACAGUUGACUUAAAUGGACAACCAUACGCUGUAAUAAAUAUACCUUUAAAUCAACAUGAUUCCCAUGAUAUAGAAAACUUGCAAGGCAGUCCAUUUGGAUUGAUGGCUUAUGGAUUUAAGCAUAAUCAAGGAUAUGGAUAUCCAGUAGCGCUAAAAUUGACACAUUAG